CUCCUGAAGUGGGGGCCGGGCCGGGAUGGCUGCAGCGGCGGCCGGGGCCGGGAGCGGGCCCUGGGCGGCCCAGGAGAAGCAGUUCCCGCCCGCGCUGCUGAGUUUCUUCAUCUACAACCCGCGCUUCGGGCCGCGCGAAGGAGAGGAGGAAAAUAAGAUUUUAUUUUAUCAUCCAAAUGAGGUAGAAAAGAAUGAAAAGAUUAGAAAUGUCGGAUUGUGUGAAGCUAUUGUACAGUUUACAAGGACCUUUAGCCCAUCAAAACCUGCAAAAUCUUUACAUACACAGAAGAACAGACAGUUCUUCAAUGAACCAGAAGAAAAUUUCUGGAUGGUCAUGGUUGUUCGGAAUCCUAUAGUUGAAAAACAGAGUAAAGAUGGAAAACCAGUUAUUGAAUAUCAAGAGGAGGAGUUGUUGGACAAGGUUUAUAGUUCGGUGCUGCAGCAGUGCUACAGCAUGUACAAGUCAUUAAUAACAGAUGGUUAUUAUAUGAAAGUCUCCUUUUUUCCACCAUUUCAUAACCUCUGGUUUGUUCUGUCUUCCCAGGCCAUGAGUGCGGCUGUGUGCUUUAUGAUCGACGCCUCUAUCCAGCCAACGUUGGAUUUUUGCCGAAGACUGGAUGGCAUCGUUGGGCCCCAGCUCACAGUGCUGGCCUCUGACAUCUGUGAGCAGUUUAACAUCAACAAGAGGAUGUCUGGGUCUGAGAAAGAACCCCAGUUUAAGUUUAUCUACUUCAACCACAUGAAUCUCGCCGAGAAGAGCACAGUUCACAUGAGAAAAACGCCCAGUGUGUCGCUCACUUCCGUGCACCCGGAUUUAAUGAAGAUUCUCGGUGACAUCAACAGUGACUUUACCAGAGUGGAUGAAGACGAGGAGAUCAUCGUGAAGGCCAUGAGUGAUUACUGGGUUGUUGGAAAGAAGUCUGAUCGGCGGGAGCUCUAUGUCAUUUUGAAUCAAAAAAAUGCAAACCUGAUUGAAGUAAAUGAAGAGGUCAAGAAACUUUGUGCAACACAGUUCAACAACAUCUUCUUCUUGGAUUGACUGAUGAUGGCUCACCGAAAGCGCAUUUAAAAAACACUCGGCAAACAUUUGGUCAUAUGCAAGUUAGUGCUCAUGUGACGGACUGCAUUCAGGACAAGGGUAAAGCAAUACUUGCUUUAAGCAAUACUUGCUUUGAAGAAUCACAUUUCUACUCGGUCUGCUGAUCUCCCGAGGUUUUUAGAUUUUAAAUAUUUAUGUGGAAUUAAUUAAAGGUAGUUGGCUAUAUCGCUAUCAUUCCAUUCUUUUGACAUCAUGUGAAUAUUUUACUGGAAAAUAAGACUAAUUAAUAAAUUGUUAAAGUUUUUAAAA